AUGGGGAGUCACCCCCACCCUGGGUUCCAGAGAACCACAUCCGCUGGGUACCAGCUCCCCUCCACCAGGCUGUCCGCCUUACACACCCCCACUGCCCGGAGCGGCCCCGCAGUGGGCAGGGGUCUCGCUGGCGGUCGCCGAGCCCCCCAGGCCCCCGGAACUGAUGGUGUGCAGCAGGAUCAACUGUGGAGGGAACUCCUGGAGGCCGAGAGAAGGGGCCAGCAGCGCUGGGCUCAGAACUGGAGUUUCUUGAAAGACUAUGAUCCCCUGGGCGAGAAGAAGGCGCCUGUGACGUUGCCGGAGAACGUGCCUUUCUUUUCCGACGCAGUCCCCAGUUCCACGAACCAGGUUGUGGGCAGCAGGGUGGACACGCCCCUGGGGCAAACCCUCAUCGGCAUGGACUUCUUCUUCGUGGAGGGGGUCCGGAAGAAGAAGCUGGAAGCCGAGCUGCAGCCCGUGUAG